CAAACAAUAGAGUACAGAGGUAUAUCAAAACAGAAAUGGCAAUCACCAUCAGUCAAAAACAACAUAUAGCUAACGUUAGAUAUGUUAGAUACAUUUAUAGAGCUUCGAAGAGAAAGAGAGCACGAUUCACUUCCAGUGUUUUGAAAGAGGGAAACAGAAUGUCUCACGUGAUUGCCAAAAGACAAAAUGUCGAUAACGUUGUGGAAUGUUUAAAAUCGUUUAACAAAGCGUUCCCCGAGGUGUUGAAACACGAAACGUUAUCGGUAGUAACGGCUUAUAUGAACUCUGCGGCUUUGACGCAACCUCCUUACGUGUACGGUUUGGUAACUCAGAAAAGAAAACAGCUAUACGAUAUUUCGAUAACUUGUCGCCUAAAAGAGCCUCUACUAUGUGACGUUUCUAUAGCAAAAAGAAUCAGUUGA